AUGGCGGACGGGGAGCUGAACGUGGACAGUCUCAUCACCCGGCUGCUGGAGGUACGAGGAUGUCGUCCAGGAAAAAUUGUGCAGAUGACUGAAGCAGAAGUUCGGGGCUUAUGUAUCAAGUCUCGGGAGAUCUUUCUCAGUCAGCCUAUUCUUUUGGAAUUGGAAGCACCGUUGAAAAUUUGUGGAGAUAUUCAUGGACAGUAUACAGAUUUACUGCGAUUAUUUGAAUAUGGAGGCUUUCCACCAGAAGCCAACUAUCUUUUCUUAGGAGAUUAUGUGGACAGAGGAAAGCAGUCUUUGGAAACUAUUUGUUUGCUAUUGGCUUAUAAAAUCAAAUAUCCAGAGAACUUCUUUCUCUUGAGAGGAAACCAUGAGUGUGCUAGCAUCAAUCGUAUUUAUGGAUUCUAUGAUGAAUGCAAACGAAGAUUUAAUAUUAAGUUGUGGAAGACCUUCACUGAUUGUUUCAACUGUCUGCCUAUAGCUGCCAUUGUGGAUGAGAAGAUCUUUUGUUGUCAUGGAGGACUGUCACCAGACCUGCAAUCUAUGGAGCAGAUUCGGAGAAUUAUGAGACCCACUGAUGUCCCUGAUACAGGUUUGCUCUGUGAUUUGCUAUGGUCUGACCCAGAUAAGGAUGUGCAAGGCUGGGGAGAAAAUGAUCGUGGUGUUUCCUUCACUUUUGGAGCUGAUGUAGUCAGUAAAUUUCUAAAUCGUCAUGAUUUAGACUUGAUUUGUCGAGCUCAUCAGGUUGUGGAAGAUGGAUAUGAAUUUUUUGCUAAACGACAAUUGGUGACCCUAUUUUCAGCCCCAAAUUACUGUGGUGAAUUCGAUAAUGCUGGUGGAAUGAUGAGUGUGGAUGAAACUUUGAUGUGUUCAUUUCAGAUAUUGAAACCAUCUGAAAAGAAAGCUAAGUACCAGUAUGGUGGACUGAAUUCAGGACGUCCGGUCACUCCACCUCGAACAGCUAAUCCACCGAAGAAAAGGUGA